AUGUCUGAUUCGGAGAAUGAAACACAUGAAAAACACGUGAAGAUUGUCAUUGUUGGAGAUGGUUCCUCUGGCAAAACAUCGAUAUCGUCCCGUUUCUCUAAAGAUGCAUUCGACCGUGAAUAUAAUCAAACACUUGGAAUCGAUUAUUAUUUAAAACGAAUUAACUUAACCCGUGAUUAUAAUGUAACAUUAGCAAUAAAUGAUAUUGGCGGACAAACCCUAGGUGGAUCUAUGUUAGACAAAUAUAUUUAUGGUGCCGAUAUUGUUUUGUUAGUGUAUGAUAUUACAAAUUUGCAAAGUUUUGAGAAUCUUGAAGAUUGGUAUCAAACAGUGAUCAAAUAUUGUGCGGGACGAAAACCUUUAUUUGCAUUAGUUGGCAAUAAAAGUGACCUGGAGCAUGCGCGUGCUGUUAAAACGGAGAAACACCAACGCUUUAGUAAAGAUAAGGAUAUUCCGGCCUACUUUGUAUCAGCAAAAACAGGCGAAUCGGUUGAUAACGUAUUUCGUCAAGUGACAGCUACUUUGUUACACGUUAUGUUACGUUCUGACGAUAUUCCUCGCAUCAUACCAGCUCCAAUAACACGCCGUGAACCGGAGCGUAAUGCGCUACCUAUCAAACCACCACCUUCAUCAAAUACACGCACAUCCAUUUGUAAUCUACAGUGA